GCCCGCCGGCCCACCCGCUCACUCUCCCUUGGCUCAUUGGCUCAGAAAGCUCCACCCCGAAGAGGAGUGAGGAACAAAAGCUGCCUCUGGGAGGCCCUCAGGCACACAGACAAGCCCAGGGACCAGAGAGUGGCUGCUAGACCCAAGAAAGGCUCUCCCAGGCCUCGUGGCCCCCACUCUGGAGUGGGCACUUGCGGUGUAGACCAUCCACGUGAGGAAGCAAGGACACAGUCGGCAUGAACUGGGCGUCCCUGCAGGGCCUCCUGAGCGGGGUCAACAAGUACUCCACCGCGCUAGGCCGCAUCUGGCUGUCGGUGGUGUUCAUCUUCCGCGUGCUGGUGUACGUGGUGGCCGCGGAGGAGGUGUGGGACGACGAGCAGAAGGACUUCGUCUGCAACACCAAGCAGCCAGGCUGCCCCAACGUCUGCUACGACGAGUUCUUCCCUGUGUCCCACGUGCGCCUCUGGGCCCUGCAGCUCAUCCUGGUCACCUGCCCGUCGCUGCUCGUGGUCAUGCACGUCGCCUACCGCCAGGAGCGGGAGCGGAAGCACCGCCUGAAGCACGGCCCCAACGCCCCGUCCCUGUACGACAACCCCAGCAAGAAGCGGGGCGGGCUCUGGUGGACGUACUUGCUGAGUCUCGUUUUCAAGGCUGCCGUCGACUCUGCCUUCCUCUACAUCUUCCACCGCCUCUACCAGGACUACGACAUGCCCCGGGUGGUGGCCUGCUCCGAGUCCCCUUGCCCCCACACUGUGGACUGCUACAUCUCCCGACCCACGGAGAAGAAGGUCUUCACCUACUUCAUGGUGGCCACAGCUGUGAUCUGCAUCCUGCUCAACCUCAGUGAGGUCGUCUACCUGGUGGGCAAGAGGUGCCUGGAGACCUUCAGCCCGAAGCGCCAGCGGUCUCCGCGCCGGGAUCACCUGCCCGAUACGUGCCCCCCAUAUGUCCUCUCCCAGAGAGAGCACCCCCAAGAUGGGAACUCUGUCCUAAUGAAGGCCGGGUCGGCCACGUUGGAUGCAGGUGGGUUUCCAUAACCUGUGAGGUUGGUGGCUGGGACCACCGGGUCCAUGGUCUGUUCCCUAAGGCCACCGCAGGGCAGUGGCCUCUUUUCUGCAGCAGGGCAGGUGAGGAAGAUGGUUGUGGGGCUCAGGAAGCACCCCCAUGGGCCAGUGCUGGAGAGCAGCUUGGUCUCUAGGUCCUGAGCCCCGGGGGAGGGAGGUUGAUGGCUGGUGGGGAUUUUGUAUAUGGCAAUGGGGUAUGUCAAAACCUUAAUAAAUGUGAUUUUCCCAGUAUUUUGUAGACCAGGUGGGGAGUGGCGGGUAGAAGUGUCAGGGGGGUUCACCAUGGACCUCAGAGAGGAGCCACAACCACUCAGUGGGUGCCUGCACCCCAGAACCUCAGAUCCAAGGUCAUCGAUGCAUCACACACACACACACCACCACACCACACACACUCACACGCACCGCACAACAUAUGCCACACAUACACACACAGAGUGUGCCCCCAGGACGUGGUAGGAAUGCCAAGAGGUGGCUCCAGGGGUCUCUGGACUCUGCAACCAGCCUUGGUCUGCAACCAGCUGGCCAAGGCAGGAGGAGUGGGAUCCCAGGAGACCCUGGGCCCAGCACAGGUCAGUUCUCAGUGGGAGCCCCUGCAGUGAAUGUGCAUGGUUCAGGAGGCCUCGGCCCCUCCCCCAUUCCAGCCUCCCUUACCCUGCCCAUCACACUCCUCAGAGAGAGAGUCUCCCUGAGGGUAUCAGGGGAAGGCUGGGAGGGAGGGGAAGGUGCUGAGAGUGAGCCCAGGGUGGGGAGUCUGUAGAGAUAUCCCCACAGGCCACGGACCUAUUGAGAACAUCAGAGCUACAGGUUCCGUCCCGGAGCCUCCAGUCUGAGGAAAUCCCCCUCUCUUCACCAGACACACAUUUCCUCAUCCUCCCACCCCCAUCCCCACCACUCAGACCUUGACCCCUCCCCAAAUCACACCUCCAGUAUGGACCUGCCUCAGAGCCAGAGCCCCCACCAACAGCCCAGGGGAACAACCCUCCGGGAGGCCCCCAGGCCUCCUCCAGUCAGCAGCUCCCAUGCUGACCACACCUACCGUCCUCACACAUCACCGACUCCCUGACCAUGAAUGGCACCCCAGCCACCCAGUUGUCCCAGCCAGGAGCUGGCCUGACACCCUCAUGCCCUCCCCGUCUCCCAGCCUCUCACACCCCACAAGCCAGCGCCAGUGCAGUUCAUCCUGCUAACUCCAACCCUAAAUGUCUCUUGAAUCUGUCCUUCCUUUCCCACCACCCUUCCACCAUGGGGACAGAGUAGUCCUGCUAUAUAUGAACCUGACUCUGGCAUUCUUCCUGCUUUAAAAAUUCUUCCACUACUACCACAACCCUCCAUUGCCCUCAACCUGACCCCUGCUGGCCUCCCCAGUGUCACCCCUGCUUCCUCCCCCCUUGUUCCCACCAAUAAUACCAAAGGGCUUAUGGGUCCCCAACCAGACACAUCAUGCUGUGUCAUGCCUCAUGCCUUCGCAUAUGUGUUCCUUCUGCCUGGAAUACCCUUCCAAUCUCCCCUGGGAUGCUUCCUUGAACCCCACGGUUCAAAACCUUAAACCUAGCCUGUGCCUUUGCCUUUGCCCAUCAGUCUGUGAGCCCUUCACGGGCAGGACGCUGACUCACCCAGGUCCCCAGCUACCUUUAAUAAAUGUUUGGUAAAUGAGUAAAUGGGCUAUGAGCUGCCUGGCGGAAGAGACCUGUCUUGUUUAUCUGAAUCCUUCACCACACCUAGCCCAGGAAGCACAGAUAAGUGUCCUCUCAUUUGCUUAUAGAUUCCAUUAUUGUUGCUGUUUUAAUUAAAUCUAGCCUAAAGAUUUCAUUUAUAGUUAAGGAAACUGGCCUGGAGAGGGGCCACCUAGCUGGGCUGUGUCUCUAGUGGUCCAUAGAGAGCCUCUGUGCCCCACGCCCAAUUACGGGACAAGAUCAGGAGUCACUUCUUAGGUCAGGGUCCCUAGAAACAGAACCAACAGCAAGAAUUUGUUUGCAUGUGGUGGAAGGAGCAAGAGAAGCAGGCUAGGGAGGGGAGCAAACUGAGCUGGGUAUGGGCUCAAGGAAACGGCCUUGGCCGGAUCCCUGUGGGGUGAGGGGCCUUUGGAUCAUAAAUCCCAUCUCUGAGUUGUCCCAGCGAGAAAGGGCAUCAAGCUUUGGAACUCCCAUACCAGUCAGUCAUUGGCUUCAGGCAACCCCAUGGGCAGCAGGGCUGACAGGAAGGGGUAGGAGGUUCCUAUUCAAUCAAGGUCAAUUCUCCAGGGACAGCUAGAAGCCAUGAGUGCCCUAUAUUCACAGCAGCUGGGGAAUGGUUGUCCCCCAGCAAAGGGGACAUGGGCAGGGCACCAAAACCAUCCACUGAACUCCUGCCUCCAGGAAAUAAGGGUGGCUCUACCUCCAAUCCAGACCAGAGCUGUGGCCACCCGAUCCCAGAAAGCAGGCUGAUGCUCUCAACCAGUUCAGAACUAGGUGACCCCAUGCUUCUCAGACCAGCCCCCACCAGCCAUAACCAUAUCCCUCUGAGAUUCCAGAUUCCCCAUUCCAGUUUCUGCCAGCAUAUGGUGAGUGCAUCCUGGGACCUGACUACUCCUGUGGCAGCCCUGUUCAUAGGUACUGUUCUCGGAGAUCCCAAGUCCUGAGCCAGUGACCCAGAGAGUGGUGGAACACCAUCUGAGCCGCUAGCCAUGGAACUUUUUUUCUCAGUCCUGCCCACACCCUCAAGGCCCCCCCACAGCCCUCACUACCACUCUCAGACCUUCCCAUCUCCCCCUUCUUGAACUCCCUUCGCUCAGCUCAGGCCCCUGCCAUCUGUCUCUUCUGCCUUCUGCCCCACCCCCAUUGCUGCCACCUCAUUGCUUCUAGCUCAUUGAAGACUCGAGGAUACAAGUCAGGGUCUUUGGGUAUUCUCUCAUGGCCCAGGGCUGCCGGAAACAUCUGGGCGUCACUGUGUCCUUUUCGUUCCAUGCCCUCGGUGUCUCUCAUGACCUCCUCCUCUGUUCCAUUUAGCUACCCACUCACAGGACCACACCCCAGACUUUGUCUUCACCCAGUACUACUCCACCUCUAGAAUCUCCCACUUGAUUCAAGCCAACAAAUAUUUAUUGUUCACUUUUACGUGACAAGCCCCACGCUAGGUGCCAAGGAUCAGACACAGUCCCUAAUCUCGUGGAGGUUAUAUCCCAUGAAGAGAACAGCUCUUAGCAUCCUGGAGUGCACAGGGUGCUGAGGGGAGGGGGGAGGGAGGAGGGGGAAGGGGAUCCAACAUCCAGGGAUUCAGGAAAGGCUUCCCUGAGACUUCUGAAGCUCACACCUAAAGAAAGAAGAGGAUUUUGCCAAGCAGAGCAAGGAGGGGAUGCCAGGUGAAGGGAAAACAUGAGAAAGGCAUGGAGGGAAGAGCAAGGACAGGGUGACCAGGACAGGAAGUAACCCAGAAGGGCUGGAGCCCAGUGAGGGGGCUGGCAGUAAGAGUCAGGCCCAAGUAGGCAAGGCUACAUCAUGCAGAGGUUUCAUGGUAAAGCCCUGUUAAGGAUUUUGGACUUCAUCCUCAGGACAAUGAAAAGUCACUGGAGAGACUCAGCACAGAGGUGAGAUGAUCUCAUGUGCAGUGUCUUUGGUUAAUGUGCAGAAGGGCCAAGGCAGGGCUACUUACUUGGAAAAUGAUGCAAUAGUCCAAGUGACAAACAACAAUGGCCUCAACAAGGGUGUGUGCAUUGGGGAUAUAAAGAAGUUGCUGGAUUUAAGGAAGAUUUACGAGAUAGAAUCAGAUCAAUUGGGUGAUUUGAGUGGGUGUGCGGAUCAGGGAGAGAGGAACCAUAGUGACGCCCAGGUUUCUUCUCAGGGUGGUGGUGCCAUUUCCCCAGGGGAGAGGCAGGUUUGAGGGACAUAGUGAUAACUUCAGUUGCAGACACAUUGAGUUGGGGAGACAAAUAAGAUAUCUUGGUUAUCUCCUCUUGUUCCUGGACCAGCUUAGCCCCUGGAUCACCUUCUCUCUCUCUAAGGCUCUGCGUAUUACCAUUUCUGGUGACCACAUCUAACACCUACCUCGCCAUGCUUUGACUUCCUUGUUCCCCUCCAUCUUUAGUCACCCACAUAUGUCUUGUCUUAACAAGAGCUGCAUCAUCUCCUAGCUCACCCACUCUGCUUCCCGCUCCAGCGCUCCCUCUGCCACAUCUACUGUUUCACCAUCCAUCAUCAGCCCCUUUAUGUCCUCCCUCCCCUCUUUUCCCAGCUUAGACUCUGUGGGCCCCUCAUAGAUGUGUCCUGCUCUCCCUUGCCAUUGCCUGCUGCUAUAGUCACUCACCAGGCAAGACAAACCCCAGUUAAAACCAGCUCUCCAUGUGGCACCCAUUCCAGAGCACCUGGAGAAUAACAUAACUGCACUGACUGGUUUCAGUGGAAACUUCUGAGUACAAAGCUCCGGUGGGCACUCAGCACCUCAGGCAAGUCUACAUUUUCCUAAAACUUUAACCCUAGUCUCCGAGAUGACUAUAUCAUACCUUCUCCUCUUGCCCCCUUUUGCCUAAACCUCCUCAGCUGACAGGCAAGCAUUAUGCGCCCCUUCACUCUGCCUUCUCCCUUGUGACACGGAUGAGCGCCCCUGCUCCUGAUACCCCCUCCUCUUGGACACUGGACCCCUCACCUCUCACCCCUCUGGACUGUGCUCCACAGCUAUUGCCUCACAAUUCUGUAAAAAUGCUAUAACGUUGUCCUCUCUCUUUCUGUCAUUCCCUCUUGACAUCACAUCCUUCUCCAGCUACCACCCCCUUUGCAAAAAACAAAACUCUCUAAAGGUGGUCUAUACUUGCUGUCUCCACCUCCUCAUCACAUUUACUCAUUCUAGUCAGGACUGUUCUUCCCAAGUUUACCAAUGGCCAACAAGCUGCCAAAUCCAGUGGUUGGUUCUUCAAUCUCAUCUUACUCCCCCAGCAACAUACGGCCACUGAGAGCUCCCUCCUCAAACACCAUCUUCCUUUGGCUGCCAGGAAGCACCCUGUCCUGGCUUUCCUCCCACCACAUUGAGGGGCCCUCCUUGAUCUCCACCGAUGCUUCUUCUUCCUCUUGCUGGCCUCUAAAUGCAGGGUGCCUUAGGGCCCAGUUCUCUACCCUCUUUCCCCUCUGUGAUCUUGUCCAGUACCAUCUAUAAAAACCAUCUAUAAACCGAUGGCUCCCACAUUUAUAUGUUCCCACCUAACCACUCCCAUGAGUGUUGGACUCAUAUAUCCAACACUUCCUUUCAGUCAUCCAAAACAGAACUCCUGAUCCUACUAACAGAGAACAGAUUUAUGUUCUCUCCCAGUCUUCCCACCUUGGAAGAGAAGAUCCCCACUCACCCAGCUGCUGAGUUCAAAAACCUACAUGCCUCUUUCUUCACAAUUAUAUCCACACCAUUAGCAAGUCACAUUCAUAUAAUUCUAAGUUCAAAGUCCAUUCCCUUCAGACCGUCUCCAAGUGCUUCCAUCCCAGGCCAAGCCAUCUCACUGAACAUCUGGAUACCUGCAGCAACUGGCCCCCUCCUCUCUUACUCCUCUGCUGUUCCUUCUGCACGUGACAGCCUGAGAGGUAUUUCAACCAAGAUCAGUCAAGUCACCCCCUUGCUUAAAACCCUCCGAGUGGCUUCCAUAAUGGCCAUAAAAAUGAAAAUUAACCAUUCUUGGGGCAUCUGGGUGGCUCAGUCAGUUGAGCAUCCGACUUCGGCUCAGGUCAUGAUCUCAUGGUUCAUGAGAUCAAGCCCCACAUCAGGCUCUGUGCUGACAGGGCAGAGCCUGCUUGAAAUUCUCUCUCUCUCUCUCUCUCUCUCUCUCUCUCUCUCUC